CCACUUCUCUCUCUCUCUCCCUUUUCUUAAUCUUUUAUACUGUAACAAAGGUGCUUUUGUGAAACCAAGUAGGUAACAGAUCAAUCGUCAUGCUACCCAGAAGCCGUACCCUUCCUCCUAGAAUCCAUGAGAGCGCUUUCGAUGAGAACCGCGAUAUGAGAGUAUAUCUGCAAGUCGAAACGCAGCCGAAACCUCAUGUUGAUGCCGAAGCAAGCAAUCCUCCGGGAUAUUCUAAAUGUUUUGAUGAUGAUGGCCGCCUUAAACGAACAGGUACUGUCUGGACAGCCACCUCACACAUAAUCACAGCAGUAAUAGGUUCAGGAGUGCUGUCCCUUGCAUGGGCCAUAGGGCAACUGGGCUGGAUCGCCGGGCCGGCCGUCAUGAUCCUCUUCGCCUUCGUAAUCUACUACACCUCCAACCUCCUCUGCGACUGUUACCGAACCGGGGAUCCUGUCACCGGACGGAGAAACUACACUUAUAUGGAUGCUGUGAGGGCAACCUUAGGUGGAUCAAAGGUGAGAAUCUGUGGAGCAAUUCAGUAUGUAAACCUACUUGGUGUAGCUAUUGGGUACACUAUAGCAGCUUCAAUCAGCAUGACGGCAAUAAAGAGGUCCAAUUGCUUUCAUGCUAGUGGGGGGAAGGACCCAUGUCACAUGUCGAGCAAUAUGUACAUGAUCAUUUUUGGGAUCACAGAGAUAAUAUUUUCCCAGAUCCCAGAUUUUGAUCAGGUGUGGUGGCUCUCCAUUGUGGCAGCGGUCAUGUCCUUCACCUAUUCUACUGUUGGGCUUAGCUUAGGCAUCGCCAAGGUUGCUGAGAACGGAAAAAUUCACGGUAAUCUUAUGGGCAUCAGCAUAGGGACGGUAACCAAAGCAGGAACUGUGACAGCAACACAAAAAGUGUGGAGGAAUCUUCAAGCUCUUGGGGACAUUGCUUUUGCCUACUCAUAUUCCAUCAUCCUUAUUGAAAUUCAGGACACAAUAAAAUCUCCGCCCGCUGAGAACAAGACCAUGAAGAAGGCCGCCCUGUCGAGCAUUGCAGUCACCACCGUCUUCUAUCUCCUGUGCGGGUGCAUGGGCUAUGCGGCCUUCGGAGACGACGCACCCGGUAAUUUGUUAACGGGUUUCGGAUUCUACAAUCCUUACUGGCUCCUCGACAUUGCCAAUCUUGCUAUCGUCAUCCACCUCGUCGGAGCCUAUCAGGUGUUCUGCCAGCCUUUGUUCGCCUUCGUCGAGAAGUGGGCCACUCAAAGAUGGCCCAAGAGCGAGAUCCUCACCCACGAAUACGAGGCAAGGCUUGUACCUGGCCGGACAUACAAGCUCAACCUCUUCCGGUUAACGUGGCGGACGGCUUUCGUUGUUCUCACCACCAUCAUUUCCAUGCUCAUGCCCUUCUUCAACGAUGUCGUCGGCAUCCUCGGCGCAUUUGGUUUCUGGCCUCUCACUGUUUAUUUCCCCGUCGAGAUGUACAUUGCGCAGAAAAAGAUCAUGCGGUGGAGCACGCCAUGGAUCGGCCUACAGAUGCUCAGCAUAGCUUGCCUUAUUGUGUCGAUUGCUGCCGCGUGCGGGUCGAUCGCAGGGGUUGUUCUAGACCUCAAGUCCUACAAACCGUUCAAAUCUACCUACUAGAUGUAGCAAGGGAUAGGCUAAUUAAAGAUUAGCGAGAAAACAUUACAUAUUAUGCUCCUAUAUAUAUAUAUGUAAUAGGGUGAUCAACGUACGGUUUGUUACUAUUACUAUUAUAUAUGCAUGGUGUACUGUAGAAGGAAGAUCUCGCCAGGUAGUUGUGCGUUAAAAUGCCGCACGACAAGGAUAUAAAUUAAAUAAUUUGGCUAUUUUAUUUCUUUUCUUAA